GCAGCAGGAAUGGCUACACGAGACUACGGCUCGGCCCACGCCCCCAUCGAGCUCAGCAGCGAUUCUGAUUCCGACGGAGGUUCGUCCGUGAGUGGCAGCGACUACAUAGAAAGACAGGACCAAGGGAGACAGGCUCACACUGCCGUGUGCGAGUGGCGGACAGCAAGAUUCCACGAUCGGGAAUGCUCACGCUACUGGGAUUGUCCGUCGCAUGCUGUUGAGCGCGCGCUCUCUGAACAUCGUCAGGAAGAGGCACAGGGGCGAGGCGGAGAUCACGAUAUGGAUGACGGCGAAGAGAGACCUGAUCCUGGGGCUGUCUCGCCUUUGAGUGAGGAUGAUGAGCCUGACCGUGGAGCUGAGGGUAACACAAGGCCGAGGUCUCCGUCUCCAGAGGUGCCAGCAUCCGAGGCUCUGCCGGCUGCCAGAAACUUGAGAACUGAAGUGCCCAACGAUUCCGGAUAUUCGAAUGAACAACGCACAGCAUCUGGGGCGAGUGCAGAAAAUCCAAUCAUUGUGGUUAGCAGUCCUGCGGCUGCCUUCCGGAGACAACCCAGGUUCUCAGAGUCAGCGCCAGGGCCGUCAAGGACAGAACCAAGGCGGACAAGAGACGGUUACACUAGCGUAUUCCAGGAACAGGAUGCGAGUUCAGGUCCCUCCGGUGCUGCCACCCCGAGGCACCAACCCCUUCUGCCUUCUCGUGGGGAUCCUAGCGGCGAGUUGAUACUGCCAAGAUGGCAGCCAGACGCUGAAGUGACCUACUGCCCUAUAUGCAACGCUCAGUUCAGCAUAUUUGAUCAUAGCAAGUGUGGGCGUGUUGUUUGCGCUUCAUGCUCCCCGCACCGCAUCACGAUACCCUACCAGUAUAUUGUUCAACCUCCUGGCGCUCCCCGUGUAUUCCCGCAAGGAGCCGCGAUGCCGCCUUCGGACCGCGACGGAUGGUAUCCAAGUCUGAGUGGUGGUGAAAGAGUGAGACUGUGCAAUCCGUGUGUGCUAGACCCUAACACUACUCUACCGCAAGCCUUGGGAGCGGACAACGGAAAUGCAGACACAGCAGAAGGCGCCAGCCCUGGUUCGAACCGGUGGAGCUUCUACUUUGGCGGCGCUCAGCCUGCACCUACAAGCACCGCUCACGCUAGAAGCAGGAGCGUCACGAUGCCGCAGCAGCCAGGUGCGCCAUCAUCCUCACGUCCGCAGAACCUCGCCUACUCGCAAGACACACUGAACCGGAUUCUCUCUGGCACCCCGCCGGUCUACUUUCCUGCCGCCAGCGGAUCAAGUUCCCGUCGUCAUCGACCAUAUCCGGGACCGCAGCGCUACCAGUCUAUGCUGAACAUGGAGGGAUCAUCUUCUACCGUCAUGGCUGGCCCGUCAGACCACCAUCCGCACAGCUCAAGACAGCUCCCUGCCGCCCCUCAAAUUGCCGAAGAAGACGAAUGCCCUGUUUGCCACCGUGAACUACCGCCUCGAACUCUCCCCAACUAUGAAGCCGUGCGGGAGGCCCACAUCAACAUGUGCAUCACCUCGCACAGCGCAUACGGCGGGACAAGCAGUGCUUCGCCAGGAGAGAACCCGUUACCGCCACCGCCGCCUAGAAGGACGGGGAUGUUUCCGUACACGGCCACAGAGAAGGACUGCGUGGACUCGGCUGAGUGUUCCAUCUGUCUAGAAGAGUUUGAAGUGGGUGUUGCGAUGGCGAGGCUGGAGUGCUUGUGCCGGUUCCACAGGGCGUGCAUUGGGGCUUGGUGGGAGAGGCACCCGGGACGGUGUCCGAUGCAUUCGCACGAUGGUUUUGGGUAUUAA